AGCCUUUGAGUUUGCCUCAAAGAUGUCUUUGGCGUACUCUGAUACAGAUACGCGGCAAUGGCGUUCACGGGAAAAACAAUUUUGAGGGUGAUCAUAGUGUUGUGCGUGGUCCUGAUCGCUUUAGGCGACUACAGCGGACUUAUCGACAAAAUUUUCAACCAGGAGGUGAUCGAAGGCUCGUCUAACCACGGACCUAGACCGUCUAACCCUGGUUAUGGCGAUGCUAAACCAGAAAUUGAUUUAGAUGCUGAUAUUGAAGAGGAUACUUUGCAAAAAUUAGGUCCUUCAACAUCAAAAUUACAAAUUUUAUCAACAAUUAAAAAUGCGUGCCUUCCAAAAUUGAUAUGCGAAUUAAAUGCAACGCCGCAAAAGGAAAAAUUAACGGAAUCUGAGAGAUCUUUGCUGUCGUUGAUCAGGGACACAUCGAUCACUGCGACAGCGGAAUUAACAUCCAAAUACCAUUUUGCGGCUCACAUGGGCCAAUUGAUCGCCGGAGUCGACGGAAAUGGGUGCCACAAUUUUUAUCCAUCAUGCCCGUUUCCCGGUUUGCAAGUGUUACAAAUGAUGAAAAAAGUCCGAAUGAGAUGAAAUCAAUUUUUUUGUGAACAAUUUUUGUGAAUACGAAGCUUUAAAAGUUUUAAUUUUUUAAAGACGAAUCUAGUCUGUUAAAAAAUCAGUUAAAAAAGUAAUCGACUGUGUAUAUAUAUUGAAAUUAUUUUAAAUAAAUAAUUAAUUUUCUAAGAAUUGAUUAAAACAUCAAAAACAAUGACAUA